AUGAUUUCAAGUGGCAUAAUUCCGGACAUUAUUGACACCAGUCCUAAAGGUCUAGUACAGGUUACUUAUCCAAGUGGUGUUAAAGUAGAAUCUGGUAAGGAAUUGAACCCCACUCAGGUAAAGGAUGAACCCACAGUUAGUUGGGAGGCGGAAGAUAAUGCCCUGUAUGCAUUGUUUAUGGUAGACCCCGAUGCACCAUCACGUGCCGAGCCAACUAAUCGGGAAAUUUUACACUGGUUGGUUAUAAAUAUUCCAGGCAAUAAAGUAACUGAAGGUCAAACUGUUGCAGAAUAUAUUGGCUCUGGUCCCGCAG